AUGCAAGUGCAUGGAACGAAUAGAAUUGACAAUGCAAAUAUUGUUGUUCCUAUAAUUUCAUGCCGAUCUAGCCAUAGCCAAUACAAUCAUCGAUCCAACCAUGAAAUCUUGCUUCGCGGUCUCCCUCUCUCUCUCUUCUUCUUCUUCUUCAAAACUUUCAGUACUGGACUGUCGCCCGAAUUGCUGGAUUAUGAAUGCCCAAACACCACCCUCUUCACUCCCAACUCCACCUACCAGUCCAACCUCAACACCCUCCUCUCUUCCCUCUCCUCCGCCGCCACCAACAACACCGAUGGCUUUGCCAACGCCACUGCCGGCCAAAACCCUCCUGACCAGGCCUACGGGCUCUUCCUCUGCCGCAGCGACAUCAGCACCGCCACGUGCAGCGACUGCGUCGCCACUGGAAAACGGGAUAUCCGCCAGGUAUGCCCCGACCAGCGAGUCUCUGUGAUCUGGUACGAAAAGUGCAUGCUGAGGUACUCGAACAAGUCCAUCUUCUCCGUCAUGGAAGUGACGCCUUCCUUCACGCUGCUCAACCUCUGGAACAUCUCUGAACGGGCCAGGUUCAGGCAAGCACUUGGAAAGAGCAUCAGGGACAUCGCCUAUAGGGCUUCAGGCAGCGCGUCGGGGAAGAAAUUCGCGGAGGCAGAGAUGAAGUUCACGAGCUCGCAGACGCUGUACAUGAUGGCGCAGUGCACGCCGGACUUGAUGGAGUGGGAGUGUAACAGAUGCCUCCUGUCGGCGAUUGAUAUUCUCGAGGGGAAGCAAGGAGCGAGGACAUUGACCCCGAGCUGCAACGUGAGGUACGAGUUGUACCCCUUUUACAACGUCACCGCCGUGCGGGCACCACCUCCUCCUCCGCUUACGACAUCUGAAGGCCCCCUUCCGCCUCCCCUUCCUCCUCCCGUGACAACACCUGAAGUUUGGCAAUUGUCUCAUAUAUGUAAUGGCACCUGUGCAGGAAAAAGCAACAAAUUCACCGUGAUAACUAUUGUCAUUGUCGUUCCUACUGGAGGUGUAAUGAUACUUAUCUUUCUCACUUGUUUGCUUCGAAGAAGAGGAAAGGUGACGUAUGAAGUCGUCAAAGGAAAAAGUGGUGCAAACGAACUUAUUACCAUGGAGUCCUUGCAAUUUGACUUGGCUACCAUACAAGCCGCAACAAAUGAUUUCUCUCAUGAAAGCAAGUUGGGUGAAGGUGGAUUUGGUGAAGUUUUUAAGGGUGGACUUCCUAAUGGACAACCAAUUGCGGUGAAGAGGCUAUCUCAAAGCUCAAGACAAGGUGAUGAUGAAUUUAAGAAUGAAGUUCUAUUAGUCGCAAAGCUUCAACACAGAAACCUUGUACGACUACUCGGAUUUUGCUUGGAGGGAGAUGAAAAGCUAUUGGCCUACGAGUUUGUGCCAAAUAAAAGCCUUGAUUAUUUCUUAUUUGAUCUCGAAAAAAGGGGACAAUUGGAUUGGCCAUUACGUUAUAAAAUAGUGUCUGGGAUCGCUCGAGGAAUGCUCUAUUUACACGAAGAUUCUCGUCUUCGGAUCAUCCAUCGUGACCUCAAAUGUAGCAAUAUCUUGUUAGACAGUGAAAUGAACCCGAAGAUUUCAGAUUUUGGCAUGGCAAGAAUUUUUGGAGUUGAUCAAACUCAAGCUAACACAGAUAAAAUUGUGGGGACUUUUGGUUACAUGUCUCCAGAAUAUGCAAUGCAUGGAGAGUUCUCAGUGAAAUCUGAUGUUUAUAGUUUCGGCAUAAUACUUCUAGAGAUGAUUUGUGGCAAGAGGAAUAACUACUACCACCAAUUGGAUGGGGAUUUUCCAAACUUAUUCUUGCAGGCAUGGAAUCAAUGGAGAAAAAGCACGCCCUUGAAAGUGUUGGACUCGGCUAUCAUGGAUUCAAAUUCAAGAGAUCAAGUGCUUCGAUGCCUGCACAUUUGCUUACUAUGCAUUCAAGAAGAUCCGGUUAUUAGACCCACCAUGGCAACUAUAGUUCUCAUGCUCAGCAGUAAUUCCAUUACUCUACCAUCACCUCAACAUCCAGCCUUCUUCGUCCAAAGUAGAUCACAGAGAUUGAGCAUCCCAAUGAGAGAGCUUGAAUCAAACGAAUAUGCUAAUAAGACUAUGCCUUCAUCGACCAAUGGCAUGUCAGUUACCGAAUUGUACCCCCGGUGA